AUGGCACCGACAGAAGCCCCAGAAAAGGUAGAGCCCAUCGAGCCUUCCACCGAAGAUCGGGUUUCGGUCGAACUCGUCAAUGCAUCCGGCCAUCGCCAGGAACUCGAACGGAACUUCAGUCUCCUCAGCAUCUGUGCCGUCGCAGUGACGACGGGAAACACAUGGAUUGCUCAGGGAGGCAGCGUGGUGACUGCGUUGAGUAAUGGGGGUCCAUCAGGGGUCAUUUAUGAAUUCAUAGCGGUUUCGGUCUGUUACUGGCUAGUUGCUGCAUCAAUUGCUGAGCUGGCAUCCGGAAUGCCUUCUGCUAGUGGUGUCUACCACUGGGCCUCGAUCACUGCGGGGAAAUAUGGCCGUGUGUGUGGCUUUUUCGCCGGUUUCUGGAACUGUCUCGCCUGGAUCCUAGGAGCUGCCUCCAUGUCGGCCAUCCUGGGCCAACAGACCGUCUCCAUGUACGCUUUGAUGCAUCCGGGCUUUCAAACACAAUCUUGGCACGUGUUUGUGAGCUUCAUCAUCUGCACCUGGCUGUGCUGCUGCAUCGUGCUUUUUUUUAACCGCCUCCUCCCCCAUAUCGGCAAUAUGGGCAUGUUCUUCAUUCUGGCUGGCGUGCUGAUCACGAUCAUUGUCUGCGCCGUCAUGCCCCAUGUCAAUGGCACAGGAUACGCUUCUGGUGCCGACGUCUGGGGCACAUGGAAAAACCAGACCGGAUACUCGAGCAAUGGCUUUGUGUUUGCCGCGGGGAUGCUCAAUGGAGCUUACAGUGUGGGCACGCCAGACUGCUCGACGCAUCUGGCAGAGGAAAUCCCUAGACCGAGUCGAAAUAUCCCCAAAGCGGUCCUGGCUCAAAUGAGUAUCGGCUUUAUCACGGGGUCCCUCUAUAUGAUUGCUGUCUUCUAUGCAAUCAUCGAUCUUGACGCGGUCCUGAACAGUAAAUACACAUUCCCCCUUGCCGAGAUCUACCGCCAGGCCACGGGCUCAAGUGCGGGAUCUCUGGGGUUAUUGAUUGUAGUUUUCUUGCCCACGGUCAUCACCUGCGCUGGAUGCUAUAUCACGGCGGGUCGGACUCUCUGGACUAUGUCCCGCGACAGAGCAACCCCGUUCUGUGGCUGGCUGUCUCAGAUCAACCCCCGCAUGCACAACCCGUUCAACGCCACGUUGGUGUGCGGCGUGCUGAUCACCAUUCUGGCCUGCAUCUACGUCGGAUCAACCACCGCUUUCAACGCCUUCAUCGGCUGCUUUGUGCAGCUCUCCAGCCUCUCCUACUGUGCCGCCAUCCUCCCGCAUAUUCUGACUCGUCGGUCUUCGUUCACGCCGGGGUACUUUUGGAUGGGACCCGUCGGCUACAUCGUCAAUAUCCUGAGCUUUAUUUAUAUCCUUGCCUUUGUGAUAAUUUUCUGCUUUCCGGCCACCCUGCCCACGGAUGCAGCCUCCAUGAACUACGCCAGUCUGAUGACGGGCGGGUUGUCGAUCUCCGUGGCCUUGUGGUGGCUGUUCCGCAUGCGGUCCUACGAAGGGCCGAAGUUUGUUCCAUUAACAGAUAAAGUGUUGAUGGACGAUGCAAAAUAG